ACUUCACUCCCAGUCCCAGCUCCCAAACCAUCUGAUCUGCUCUGCUCCCACCAAUCUCCGUCGCCGUCGCUUUCGCCAUGGCUUCCCAUCGCCACUUCCUACGCCUCCUCGAAGACCCCUUCUCCCCCUUCCCACCGCCGCCACCUUCCUCCUCCUCCUGCCCGUUCCUCCUUGACGGCGUCUCAGAUUACCCGUCCCCGUUCCCCGCCGCCUCCCCAUUCCCCGACCUAGAUGAUCUCCUCCUGCCCCCCGCGCCGGCGCUCGACCCCUUCUUGGCCUUCACCCCCACCCCGCUCAUUCUCCGAGACCUCACCAACCGUGUCGCCGCACUCGAGGUCGCCGUCGCCACCGCGCGCCGCCGCCCCGGACCCCCCGCCACCCGGAAGCGCACCUAUGUCACUGAGGCCGGCGGCCGCAAGGUCAAGUGGACUUCCGUCGAGAAGCCGCGCGCCGGGGAGCGGACGCUCAAGUGGGAGGCCGAGAUCAAGUCCCCCGACGACGACGGCUUCGACCGCAAGUGGAAGUGGGAGGCCAAGGGCGGAUCCUCCGCAGCCAGCGCCAGGAAGCUCAAGUGGGGUGCCGCGGUCAAGGGCAAGGGAUGUCUCGAGCCCUGGUCCCAGGCCUACACCUGGGAGGAGGACUUCACCGCCAGCGACAGCGACAAAGAAGAGGAGGAGCGCGCGGCCGACAAGAACAAGGCCAAGAAGAUCACCAUGAACAAGAAUGAGAAGAAGGAGGUGAAGGCUGUCAAGAAGGAGAAGAAAUGCCCCUUCGCCACCGUCAAGAUCGAGGAGAUCUCGGAAGACAAUGAUGCUGGAUGCGUCGCCAUCAAAAAGGCAUUUGCUAAGGGCAACGGCAAGGGAAAGAGGAAGGAGCUCUCACCGCAGGACGCUGCAUUGCUCAUCCAGAUGACCUACAGGGCUCACCUUGCUCAUCGCUCCCAGGUGCUUCGCUGCCUGCGUGACCUAGCUGUGGCUAAAGCCAAGCUCAAGGAGCUCAGGUCCCUGUUCUAUAACAUCUCCUACAGGCACCGCAUUGCGCAUGACCACGAAGAGCGCCAGAGGUUCUCUGAGAAGAUCAUCGUGCUGCUCAUCACCGUAGAUGCACUCGAGGGACCUGACUACAUGGUGAGGACCGCGAAGAAAUCUAUGCUAGAGGAGCUCGAAGCAAUGCUGGAGGUUGUGGACCCUCAGCCCCCAGGGAAGCAGCGAUCACUGAGCCGCAGGAAAUUUGAUCUCCCAGAGGGUGGAGCCAUCCCCGAUGAGAAAACCGCUGCUGUGAACAAAGCCAUCAGGAUCAUCGAGGAAGGCAAGUGAAGUGAUGCACCACCACCUUGUUACUGGCAGGAUUGAAUCCUGAUGAAAGCUCCAUAUCUAUCCGUGUAUCGUCUAGGAGAAGUUUAUAUCCGUGUGCUUUGCUGACACUCGAGGGAGGAGAACUAAUAUCUGCACUUUAUUGUACCUUAAAUGAUAGCCAUGUUUUUAUUGUGAACCUGUAGUAUGUUGCUAGGCAGUCAGUUUGAACAUUACAAAUAGCGUAAGGGCCUCUAGCCGGGUUGGUUAGGUAGUCUGAGUAGCACUUCCUCAUGUCCUGGUUGUGGGAGCGAAUGUCAGACUGUGGUUAAAAAAAUAUCCCAUCGUUUGUCCCACGCC